AUGAAAUCCUUGGCAUCACUCGCUUUUAUCACGUUUACCCUUGCACAGCAUGCACAUGCGGUCACCUCACAGCAGAUCCACAUAGACUUGGCCAAGACCCUAUCGUCGGGAUCUGAGGUGGUAUCAACCACUGACCCUUCCUACGCAACCGGCUUUACACAACGAUGGACCGUGUACUCCAAAGCUGCACCGACUUACGACAUUGCUGUGAAGCCUGCCACCGCUACAGAUGUUCAAAAAAUUAUCCAGUAUGCAACUAAGAACAGUGUUCCAUUCUUGGCAACGGGCGGUGGUCACGGUUAUACCACUUCCUUGUCUGGCGUGAAGGGCGCACUCAACAUUGACUUGAGUAAAUUCAGAAAAGUGGUUGUGGAUGCUUCAGCCAAUACUAUGACCAUUGGAGCUGCUACGAUUUUUGCUGAUAUGUUGGAUCCAUUGUACGCUGCUGGCAAACAAAUGCCAUCUGGUGGGUCCUCAACCCCUAGCAUUAUAGGCGUUACCCUAGGUGGGGGCAUCGGGCCUCUAACCGGUGCUCACGGUCUACUGAUCGACUCACUGCUCUCCGUUGAGAUGGUGACUGGCUCCGGUCAGAUCCUAACGGUAUCGGCUACUAAAAACUCCGAUCUUUUCUGGGGAAUGAGAGGAGCGGGAGUUAACUUCGGCAUUGUCACCUCAGCGACAUACCGAAUCUAUGAUACGAUCAACAAUGGCAUGGUGUACAAUGCCGACAUAAGUUUCGACGGGGAGAAGAACGAGACGAUUUUCAAGAUUUUGCGUUCCUACCAAGGAACCCAAGACAAUAAGCUUGCAAUUUCCGUGGCCUCUUCAGUCAAGAACAAAGUUCCCGAGAUCAGUAUUAGCGCCAUUUAUUUUGGCACUAAAGAACAAGGUGAUGCAGCUAUCAAAGCCUUCCUUGAUCAACAGCCGACAUUCAGCAACAUCUCUGUUGUACCCUACAACAAGCUAGUUUACGUUGCAAAUUUUGGCGGCGACGUGUUCGCUCGCAUAAAGGGUGUUAGAGCUGACCUGUGGGGUUACCAACUGAACGAUGUUACGGUGUCCACACUCAGUAGCACGUACACAAAGUUCAUCAACUUUGUUCUCGACAACCCUGCACUCGAAAACCCUCUUUGGCUAGUAGAGAAGUUUGGUCUGGGAGUUACCGCAACCAUCCCCGACGAGUCUACUGCGUAUGCAUGGCGCAAAGCUGUUGCCUAUGGCUUUUUCUCGUUCAACCUGCCCGCAAAUGUGUCUGAACAGAUGACGAACAUUGUUGAUCAGUUCUCUGAGAAGAUCCGCAGCGGUCUGACUUCGGGCUGUGGAAAUCCUCAGGGCAACGUAUUUCCUAACUAUGCACGGGGUAUCGAGACGCCAGAGCAGGUUUAUGGCAAGUCAAAGUUGCCGAAACUACGAUCGCUUAAGAAGAAGUACGACCCAAAGGGAUUAUUCAAUAAGUACAACUCCUUUGCUUGA